AUGAAGAAGAAGAAGAAAGAAACAAUCCGCCACCCACCCUUAUGCCUCCGUCACCGGCGUCGCCACCACCCCGUUUCCGAUCAGCCAACGACCACAACAACCAUUGGACUUCCACCGUUCUCCUCCUUCAGUCACCGCCAUGUGGAGCCUCAUUCACCAUUCGACCUCUUUGCUGUUCCGACCAACCAAGAGCACGACGGAUUAUGGCCGACGGCGAAGAUUGCUGAUGUGAACCGCCGCAACCCAGCCGCCGAUACGUGGACUGCGAACGACGGGGUUGCUACUGCUGCUGCGCCGCAAACCGGUGAAGACUCAGUCGCCAUAAGCUCCGUUGUAGCCCUGCUGUUCCGCCGCUGCCAUUCUCCGAGCUGUUACGUCGCCACUGCUGCCUCAGUGGAUGAUUAUUUUUCCGAUGACACCGCUAUUACCGCCUUUAGCCACCAUUGA